AAUACACAGUCGGCUAAUUCUAUAAAAAGAACUUGCAAAUGUGACGAGUAGACACUUUACGGGUCAUUAGUGCAACCUUAGAUAAAUCAAUGGCGACUUACGUGGAGAGUGAAGGAAAUGAUAAAACAGCACUUAUCAAGGAUUCCAAAGAAGAGGAGGAAAAGGAAAAAGACAAACCGUCUGGUCUCUCAGUUGAAGAAUACAAAAGACUUCAUAACAUUGGCUCUAGACUGUCAACAGAAAACGUAAUCACUUACAAGGAAUCUGCGUUUCUCCAUUCUUUGAGUUCUGACUCUGUAUAUCAUAGUGUGACUGGCAGCAGGUCUCCAGAGAAGAUCAAUGACUCCACUAAUGCUCUGAAUUCUACUGAUCAACUGUUUGAUUAUGUAAAACCUGGCAAUUCAUCAGACAGGUUCAAGGCAUCAGCCUCCAAAUCGCCCAAAAAAGCAGAUAAAAAUGUAAAGACUGAGAGUGACAAGGAGUCUUCUGGUAAAAAGACUAAAAAGGAGAAAGUGAGAAGGCAAGAAAGUGUGGAGAAAAAUGAAAGAAAGUCUCCCAAAAAGGAGAUCAGCCCCCAAAAAGCAGGUAAAACCUCUCCAAAACAUAGAAAACGAAAGAACUCUGAACCUACUCCAAUGCCGGGUCGUAGAGUAAGAAGAGAGGCCAGCUUAAAUGCAAUGGCCAUGGUGAAUAUUUUAUUUGAGAAAGAACCACCAGCUCCUAAAUCUCCCAAAAAACGAAGGUCUUCCCAAACUGAUCUACCUGUUGAGGAAAAAGAAAGUCCAAGUUUACCUAAAGUUGUCAAAAAAGCAAAGAAUGUUGAGAGGAAAAUUGCAAAGAAAUUGCAGAAGAAUAAGAAUUUGACAAGUUUAAAAUCACUUAAAAGUGAGAAGGAAAAAGACAGCAAGAAACUUCUGAAAGCAAAAUCUUCACUGUUAAAUAAGAAAAUGCUCAAAUUGAAAGCUAAAAAGAAACUUGAAAAGGCCAAGAAAACUAUGAAAACUAAAAAUGAAAGUGAGAAAAAUUCUCUAGAUCCUAGCAAGCCUAGAAAAAAGAGAACGGACACAAAAAAAUCGGCAAGAACUGAUGAAAUUGUGAUUCCCAAGAGGAAGCGCUGUUGUUCAGGAUCUACGUGUGCCACUUGUUACCAGCCCUUGUCCUGCCAGCACCAGAGUUCUAUCUACUGGAACAGCAAAGAUAUGCCCCACAGUGACAGCAUACCUAGAUCAAACAGCAACUCCGACUCGGCGGAGGAUGUGAAACCGUGCAUCAACAUGGACAUGACCACCUCCGGAUAUUCACUGUCUCAUCUGCAGCACAUAGACAGUGCUACUUACGUGAACUCUAUGGUGCAGCACCCUGCCAUAUCGUCACAUCGAUGUCCCCAGUGUGCUCAGGCGGCUGGACUGAUGCCCAGCUGUCAAACGUACGCUCUCAGUGGGAUGGGGAGUCUGAGUUCUAUGAACCUGUCCGCUGUGAUGCCUUACCCACCAGCUUAUGGGGGAUCCUAUCCACUGCCUUAUCCAGGAACAUCCACUCUACCCCAUUGUACCUGUCCACAGUGUUUGUACUACUCCCAGCCCAAUACAAACAUUUCCCAUCAGCCACUGCCUGCCAGAGAUCACUGCAUCUUAUCACAUCCGCCAAUAAGUAUUCAGCACAUUGAAGACAAACAUGUUGAGGACCCUGAUGCCAAGGUUGUCGAUGAGAUUAUCGAUGUCGGGGUUGAGGAGUUUCCUGUUGUGCCACAGUCUGAAAUCAUAAAAACAAACAAAGCAGAAAAAAUCAGAAAAAAGAGUUUGGAUUCCCAAGUCACUAAAAUCAAAUCAAAAUCAGCAAGUGGAAAAGAUGUCGCUAAACCCAAGAAAAAAUCAUCUAAGAGUGAAGUACAAAAAAGAUCUUCUACCGAGUCAAAAGUCAAGUCUCCUACAGCCACUAAGGAGAGAAAGAAAAGCACUUCAUCUAAAAAGGAAACGAAAAUUCCCAGAACAAUUUUUGUUCAUGGAUGGAAUCUACAUGGGCCUAUGGAGAACAAGAAGAUAUACAGCUAUUCUCUGGGGAUUUCCUUUGAAGCUCAAUGUUUCCAAGCAAUAAAACACUCGGAUGAUGGAGACAUCAUUCAGGUCAGGGAUUGUGUAAUACUAAGGUCAGGUCCAAAGAAAACGGACAUACCUUUUGUGGCCAAAGUCACCCAGUUCUGGAAGCAUCCCCAAGAUGGUGAUAUGAUGAUGAGUUUAUUGUGGUACUAUCAUCCAGAACACACGGAAGGAGGCAGGAAGAGCCAGCAUGCCGCAUGUGAAUUGUUCGCCUCGAAACAUCGAGACGAGAACAGUGUGGCUUGUAUAGAUGACAAGGGUUACGUUUUGACCUACAAUGAAUACUGCAGGUUUCGAGCUGAACGACUACGCAAAGAGGCUGAUCAACUUCCUCGAUCUAAGGUGGUGCCAGCUGUGGAGUACCUGCGAUCUAGUCGACUACCCGCCGAUGAUGCUGACACCAGUGUUGUGUUCCUGUGUCGUCAAGUGUAUGACUUUAAGUUGAAGCGCAUACUGAAAAAUCCAUCCUAGCAUUGGCUGAAAAGUUAUUUUGAGCAUGCUCUUGGGGUUUUUUAAGUCAAAAUUCCAUGAUACAUUGAUGGUGCAUUUAUCAUGAUAAGUUUUCAAACAAUUUGAUGGUGUCUUGAAAUUCCUGUCUAAAAAAAAAAAUGUCUAUCUACUGGUACAUUGUAUAUAUACAUUUUCAUUGGGUUUUUUUUUCUGUAAGCAAUUUGAUAAAGUAUGGUAAUGUAUGAGAACAUGGAUAGAUUAUGAGAAAAUUUGUAUUAAUUUUUAUUUUGACUUUGCUAAAGAAAAAAAGAUCACAAAAAACAAAAUGUAUCAAAUCAAUUCAUUUUUUUAAUUUAUGAAGAAAAUGUUUUUGAAAGUCUUACUGAUUUUUUAAAUAUUGAUUCAUAAUGCCUGUGAUAAGUGUGUAUUACAGAAACUGAGCAUGCAUUAUGUUUGUUGAAUUUUUGUUUUGAUUAUUUGCAAAGGGCCCAUGUUAUAUCUUGCUUUUAUCAAUCGAAGAGUUACUCAGUAUAAUUGAUCUAGUCCAUGUAAUCUUUUUAUAUAUCUAUAAGAAUAUAUUGAAUAUGUAAUGUAAACUCGAUCCUUACUCAUUGUUUUAUUGGUAAAUGGCGGCGUUAUGGUACAUUUGCAUGAUUGUGUAUAUGAGAGUGAGAAUUCCCCUUUUGCCUUUGUUGUUAAACUUCCAGAAGCAUUUACCUAUUUGUCUCUGUCUAUAUCUGUCUAUCCGUCCUUUGAAAACAGAUUAUAGCUAUGUUCUAGAUUUUUUGUGUUAAAGUAAAAUUAAAAUACAGUAGGAAGCUGAAAAGCAAGAAUUUAGAGUUUAAAAGAUCAUAUCAAUUCUUGUUCUGGUUUUUUCAAACUUAGCUGGGUGUUUAUGGAGAUUUUCAUUUGAAAGGUUUUGAUAAUUGUUUAGAUUAAUAGAAUUCCAGGUCAGUAGUCAUUGCCACAUCUGCAUAAAAACUUUUUUUCAUACAUAUAUAUUUACUAGGUACAUGUAUAUAGAAUAUAUAUAAAUAAUUAUCAAAUACAUGUACCAUAAGAGGGGCUCUAUGCAUUUAAACUUCUUUUCAGUUUCCUUUAAGUUAUAUUUCUGUCCUGUAUGUGCAUACUGCUCUGGAAGCAUCUGUUGCCAACUUUUAACAUGUGUUGGGUUUGCAAAUACGUGUGGUAUGUCUGGUAUUACUGGAUGCAACAUGAUAGAUUUGGUGGCUUCUUUUCUAAAUUAAUCAAACAAAUUGCAGUUUAGAAUGUAUUUUAAUUAUGAUGCAUAUUCUUUUAUAUUACAUUUAGUGGAGGAGUUAUUUUAAAUCAAAGUAAAUAUUUUUUAAAGGAAAGAAAAAACAAUUUUAUAUUAUUGUAUAUCCUUAAUUAAUGUAAUCUUUCAGUAAUAUUUGAAAAUAAAAAAAUAUGUGCAACAUGUUUCAAGAUACUGUGAACCCUUUUACAAACUGCAUUUAUGGUAGGCAUAAAUUAAUGUCAUAGAAACUAUUUUCAAAGAUACAUUGAAAGUUUUGGACUUACUUUUUACAUGUUUGUUUCAUCUUUAAAUUAUUUUUUUUAAACUUAUUUACAUUUGAUUUUAAGGUCACCAUUCCUCUUGUUAGAGCUCUUAAGCUGUUAAUUCUGUUCUUGGAAGUCAUUAAAUAUGACUAAAAAAUCUAUUUUAACAAAGUCAAAAUGUUAAAAAAAUUUUAUAAGCUUUAUAGGCAGUUUGUAAAAAAAGAAAUACAUGUUAAUGUGUUUUGUGCCUUACUAGUAGCUUGGGCGAUAGUUACUUGCAUUCCUACUUUAUCUAGUCUUUGUUUUGUGUUAUAGAGCUGCUAAAAUGUUUGUGUAUGCAGUGUGCAGUCAAUGUUACUCCCUUGUCAAAAUUGUUUUUUUGUUAUGAGGAGAAUUAGAUCUUUUAUGUGAUAUAAAUGUCCCAUGAGAGAGAGAGAGAGAUGGAGACGUUGCUGUUCUUGUAUGGUUCUGUUGUUAUUUGUUCAACAAUGAAGAGUUGUUUGUCUUUCAAAGCUGUGUGAUUGUUGAGGGGUGGAAUGAUGAAGACUUCAAUUUGUCCAUUCCAUUAUAAAAAUGAUUUACAAUGUAAAAUCACAAUUUACUCUGAUAGAAUGUGUAGUUUAUUAAGAGGUUCAUUUGUACUUGAAUCUAGUUCGUGCACAUGCAAGUUUUGGUUGAAAAAUUUGCUGACUGGGUUUGGUAGCAUACAUGUAAUACUAAUUCAUCCAAAUUCAUUCCUUGUUCAUUAGGGUUUUUUUGCAUGUAAAUAUUGUAAUGUGGGUUAAAGAAAAAUUUAUGUGCAAUAUAAAACUGUUGUUGAUAUUUGUUAAGAUGAAAGUCAUGUAGAAUUGUAAUGUAUUUUGUGGAGGCUUUUUUGAAAAUCAUGUGUACUUGAUUCCCAAAAUUACACAAGGAAACAAAACCAUUUGUUUGCAAUGAACUCUACGGUUUUUUGAUUUUUAGUGAUGACAGUAAAUAGCUAACAUUUGUAGCUUUUGCUACAAAACCCAUGUUCUUGUCUUUUAUAAAACUUUUAAUUUUUAAUACAAAGUACAUUAUUAUUAGUUUGAGACUCACAAUUUUUUUGUGAGUAUUUGAUGCUUUAUUAAAAUGUGAAAAGAAAUACGAAAUUUUUAUUUCUUACGGUAAUCAAUUUUUACACACAAAAUCAUGGAUAUAAAGGUGACAUCGUCACCUAUGGAUUAUAAUGAUCAUAUAAUUAUCCAAUGCUAUUUCAAAGGAAUUAACACAUUGAUAUUAUACCAGAGUGAUCAACAAUCAAUUGUUUUCAUUCUUGUAAGAUUAGGUACGUAUAUGAACUACCGGUAAUUACUAAGAGGAAUCCUUUUACUACAUGACAUUGAAAAUUCUGCACAUCAAUUACUUGUAAUAAUAUUCUCAUAGCCAGCAAAUCCAUAUCUGUCUGUACAUUUUUUCUGUGAAGAAUCAAUUCUCUGAUCAGGGACUUUGAAAGUGAAAGAUGACAGGUACAGUGAAGUACGUGUAUUUUUAAGCUGGGAUUAUCACUGUACACCCAUUGCUAGUCUAGCAUGUUAAUUUUCAUAAAUUAUAUGCACAAAUGGGAAAACGAAAUUCUGAACAUUUUUGAGGAUAAAGUACAAGAGUCAAUUAGCGUAUGAGAGACAGGUCCUAGGUUUUAGAUGAUGAGAUCACAUAAAUGUAUAAUUGCGAUACUGUACAAUAAAGUGCUGAAGUAGAAUUUAAUCAUGUCCUUGUUGGGAAAAUUCUUUAAACAAUAAAUAAGUGAAAGAAAAUCGUCUUUUUCUACUUUUGU